AGGUAAGACAGCCGAAGCCCAUCUCGGUGCAGAAUGACGGUGCCUAUCCGCCGUCAAGACCCGACCCGCCCGCUGACGUGCACGAGCACGCCUGGAUUCCCGCCAACUCCUUCCCCCGCUCGUCUCUCCCGUCCUUAAAUUCCCGCCACCUCUCCGCAUUCCCCCAUCCCUCUGUCUCGUUUCUCUCCUUUGAUAUCGUCGAUCAUAAACCCUAGCCCUAAACCCUUCGCUCUUCAUCGCUAAUGGCGCCUUCCCGUCGCCUUAGCGGCCGCUCUCCUCUGGUGCGGCAGCAGAGCCAAAUCACCUCCUUCUUCUCUCUCGGUAAGAACUCCAAGGAAAGCCCUAGCCCUAGUCCUGAUCCCUCUCCAUCUCAACCGAAGGAGAAGAAGCCCCGUCUAGUAAUCCCCCCUUCUCCGGCUUCCGGCGCCAAAGUUCCUCUCACUGCCGCUAAGAAUUGCCACACGAAAGAGGUGGUCGGAAAAAGGAUCAAGGUCUUCUGGCCCCUUGACAAGGCCUGGUACGAGGGGCGGGUCUCCUCCUUCGACGAGAUGUCCGGCAAGCACCUGAUCUGCUAUGUUGACGGUGAGGAAGAGGCGCUUGAUCUUGGCAAGGAGAAAUUCGAGUGGAUCGGGGAGGAGACACCAAGGAGCCUCCGUCGGCUGAGGCGGAUGUCGGAGACGGUGAAGAUGGCUUGCAGUUCAGCGGAUGUGGAUAAUGAGAUCAGCGAGGAAGAUACUGCCGACGACGAAGAAUGGGGUAAGGUUGGCGGGGAAGAUGCGGAGGAGGAUAACUCGGAUGAGGUAGAAUUGGAGGACGAGGACGAGGAAGAGUUUGUUGCGAGUUCAGGUAGCCGAUCGAAGAACUCUACAGGGUCGAAAAGAAGGAAGACGAUGAAUCUUGCUAAAUUGGAUUGCGCUAAAAAAAUCAAAUUUGAGAAGAAUAGAGAGAGGACUGCAUCUAAAGCCUCUUUAAGCAUGACAGAAAGUAAUGCUGUUGCCCCUUUGAGCAAUGAUAGAAGGGUGCAAGUUUUGGAUAGUAUUGGCAGCACCGUAACUGUCGAGGCAGCUGAACGGUUUGGAAAACGGGAAGCAGAAAAGUUUAGAUUCUUGCAGGAAGGGCGUAGGGAUGUUCGUGGCAGGCGUCCUGGAGAUAAAAACUAUGAUCCAAGAACUCUUUACUUACCUCCUGAGUUUUUGAGAACCUUGUCAGGUGGACAGAGGCAAUGGUGGGAGUUCAAGUCAAAGCAUAUGGAUAAGGUUUUAUUCUUCAAGAUGGGAAAGUUCUAUGAAUUGUUUGAGAUGGAUGCACAUAUUGGUGCAAGAGAGCUUGAUCUGCAAUAUAUGAAGGGAGAACAACCUCAUUGUGGGUUUCCAGAGAAGAACUAUUCAAUGAAUUUGGAGAGAUUGACUAGAAAGGGAUACCGAGUUCUUGUUGUAGAACAGACAGAAACCCCUGAACAGCUUGAAAUUCGCCGUAAAGAGAUGGGUUCAAAAGACAAGGUUGUGAAACGUGAAAUAUGUGCGAUGGUCACACAAGGUACACUUAUGGAAGGAGAGUCACUAUUGAGAAAUCCUGAUACUUCAUAUUUAUUAUCAAUUGCUGAACAUUUCCGAAGUCUUGAGGUCCCUGGUAAAGGAGGUGUUGUUAUAGGCCUGUGUGUUGUUGAUGUUUCCACAAGCAAGUUCAUGGUAGGACAAUUUGAAGAUGAUCUGGAGCGUCAUUGGUUAUGUUCAAUAUUGUCUGAAUUGAGGCCUGUAGAAGUCAUAAAACCUUCAAAGGCACUUAGUCCUGAAACUGAAAGAGUCAUAAAGAACAAUACAAGAAAUCCAUUAGUUAACAAUUUAUUGCCUUUUGAUGAAUUUUGGGAUGCUGAAAGAACCAUUAAUGAGAUCAGAAAGUAUUAUAGCUUAUCAGAGCAUUAUCUGGCAGCACAAAAUGGUUGCACUUCUGCUGAUAAUGCAGGAAAUUGUCCAGUAGACCUGCCAGAUGUCUUAACUGAGCUAGUGAAUGUUGGCAUUGAUGGAUCAUAUGCUCUUUCUGCUCUUGGAGGCUGUCUUUUUUAUUUAAGGCAGGCUUUUCUGGAUGAAAAAUUGAUUAAGUGUGCUAAAUUUGAGCGACUUGCAUGCUCGGGUUUUUUUAACAACCUUCAAAAGCCAUAUAUGAUUCUUGAUGCAGCAGCACUUGAGAACCUUGAGAUAUUGGAGAAUAACAGAAGUGGAGGCCUCUCAGGAACACUUUUUGCACAACUGGAUCAUUGUGUUACAGCAUUUGGAAAAAGGUUGCUCAAAGGAUGGCUUGCAAGACCACUUUAUGAUAUAAGGUCAAUUGUGGAACGUCAGGAUGCUGUAGCUUGCUUCAAGGGUGCUGGUCUUACAUCUGCUCUUGAAUUCAGAAAGGAAUUAUCAAAGCUUCAAGAUAUGGAACGUUUGCUUUCACGACUAUUUGUUAGCUGUGAAGCUCAUGGAAGAAAUGCCAAUAGAGUCAUUCUUUAUGAGGAUGCAGCAAAGAAGCGGCUUCAAGAAUUUAUUGCGUCUCUUCAUGGUUGUGAAGCAAUGAUCCAAGCAUGCUCUUCCCUGGAUACUGUACUGACUAGUACAGAGUCUACUUUACUCCAUUAUUUAUUGACACCAGGUAAAGGCUUACCUGACAUGUGUUCAGUCAUAGAGCAUUUCAAGGACGCUUUUGAUUGGUCAGAAGCUGAUCGCACUGGGCGUAUUAUACCUCAUGAAGGAGGUGAUGUUGAUUACGAUGCUGCAUGUAAGAAACUGAAGGACAUUGAGUCUAAUCUGAUGAGGUACCUGAAGGAACAGCGUAAAGUACUUGGAAAUUCAGAGGUAAAUUAUGUUGCUGUUGGGAAGGAUUUGUAUCUGCUUGAGGUGCCAGAGAGUCUAAGGGGAGCUGUUCCAGCUGAAUACGAAUUGCAAUCUUCUAAAAAGGGCUACUUCCGGUAUUGGACACCUAAAAUCAAAGAUUUCCUGUCAGAACUCUCUCAAGCUGAGGCCGAGAAAGAAUCUAAACUGAAAGGCAUUCUCCAGAGGCUGAUAGGACAAUUUAGUGAGCAUCAUAGCAAAUGGAGGCAGUUGGUAUCUGUAAUUGCAGAGCUAGAUGUUUUGAUUAGUCUGGCGAUUGCAAGUGACUAUUAUGAGGGACCAACAUGCCGACCAGUUAUCAAAGAAGUAUGUCAUGAAAAUGAACCUUAUUUAUCUGCUAGAGGUCUUGGACAUCCAAUGCUUCGAAGUGAUGCCUUAGGCAAGGGUUCUUUUGUUCCCAAUGAUGUAAGAAUUGGUGGGGUUGGACAGCCUAGAUUUAUCCUUCUGACAGGUCCAAAUAUGGGUGGUAAAUCAACUCUACUUCGCCAAGUUUGUUUAGCUGUAGUUUUGGCACAGCUUGGAGCAGAUGUUCCUGCAGAAUGUUUUGAGCUCUCCCCUGUAGACCGCAUCUUUGUUCGUAUGGGUGCUAGGGAUAAUAUUAUGGCUGGGCAAAGUACAUUCUUAAUGGAGCUUUCGGAGACCGCUGGUGUGCUGUCUUCUGCCACUCAAAAUUCUCUGGUGGCACUAGAUGAGCUCGGGAGGGGCACAGCAACUUCUGAUGGGCAAGCUAUUGCGGCAUCCGUCUUUGAAUAUCUUGUACAUAGAGUACAAUGUCGUGGUUUGUUUUCUACUCAUUAUCACCGAUUAAUACUAGAAUAUGAGAAGAAUACCAAGGUUUCAAUUUGUCACAUGGCUUGCCAAGUUGGGAAAGGAGUUGGAGGUGUGGAAGAAGUCACCUUCCUUUACCGAUUAGCACCUGGUUCAUGUCCUAAAAGUUAUGGUGUUAAUGUUGCUCGUUUGGCAGGAUUACCUUCUUCUGUGCUUCAAAAGGCCGCCAAGAAGUCAAAUGAUUUUGAGAUUAGUAAUGGGAAGCACCAGCCUGUAGCUGAGGUUAAGAUUUCAGAUACGGAAACCGAUGAGGGAAGAACUCUUAUAAAAAAAUUGCUCUCUAUUUCAGAGACCUGGAAUCUUGGUGAAGAUUCUCGGGUGGUUACUUUGAGCUUACUCGGUGAUAUCCAACAGAGAGCAAGGUGGCUAGUGCUGGGCAAAUAAAGAUCAUUGGUUUUUGACAUUUGACAAAGUUUUCUUAAAUCAUCUGUGAUAUUCCUUUUGAGUCUAAUUCGGGGCCUCAUUUUGGGCGUCUAGAGGUCCUUGGAGCCCAGAUUAUACAUCACAAGAUUGAUAUGGGAUUGAUGACAACUGCAAGCCGCCGUGUACUCAUCACUGGUUUUGUGGAAAAUUACUCGACUGUAAUGUAAAGAAAUAGAUGAUUGUAUAUAAGGGCAAAGACAUGUUUAUGCUGGGAAAGUUGGCAGCUGUUUGCUGCUUUGUAAUUGAAUUCACUAGUCUAUUGAACAGGCCAACCUGGUAGUAGCAACGCUAAAGUGGGGACUUAUUCUGUGGACGUUUAUUUGGUCAGCAUAUUGAAUUCUGGUGAUAG